AUGUUGGUUGUUAAAAGAUCCCCCAAACCGAUGUAUCAGAUCUGCCUUUUCUGAUUAUUUCUCAAAGAAGACAGAUAUAUACUGAAACUCAAAAAGUACAAAUUGCCCCAAAUUGUCACAGAAUGCUCUCAUAAGGUCUUCGUGAACGACUACACAAACGAAGAUGCCUCUUUAUGAAAGAACGGCGAUCAUAAUUGUAUUACUCCUUGCACGAGCAGACUGUGACUCAUCCUUCAGCUUUCACGGCAGAUAUAUUCGAAGACGACAUCGCCUUUCCAUAAUAAUGGAACUAUCAAGACAGCUAGCUUGGGAUUUCAAUGGCGGCCCGACCACGCGGAACGUGAAUAAGGCGUGUAUUCUCGAUAUCAUGGUCACCGGAAAGUAAAAAAAAGCGGAAGGAAAAUAACCAUCAAACGGGAGCUGUAGCUAUAGUAGGCCUAGCUAUAGCCUUUUUCGUGUUUGUAGUCUGGUUGUAGCUUCUUUCAUAAAAGCCUUCCCUCGUCAGCAUGGUCAUAGGGUCGAUGAGAUAUAAACACAGAUUGGAUGUUAUGGAUGUAUGUUAUUUUCAACCUGAUGGAAAACCUUUCAUGAACAUACAUUUACGAGACAACUAUGUAAACGAGGCAUGAACUUCAUAGUCUGAAGGAUAUUCUCUCUACAUAAUUAUGUCAGUGUCAGAGUAGUAGUAACAGUAGACUACUAAGUCAGUGUUGACUCAAGCGAAUAACAAAUUAUCCAUGUGAUAAUCAAGGCAAUUGAACAAGAAAAGUCAUUGGCAUCAUGUCGGCCAUAUCGGAUUGCUAUGGCAACCUAUUGUCAGCUCUUCGUCUCCAUGAGCUUUCGGAGCAUCUGCAUCCUGAUGAUUACAGGCGACUCGGUUUGACAUUGGGUUUUCAAGAGACUCGACUGGCAAACCUCGAAAAAAUGAAAUGUGGAAACAUUCAAGAAUGUAUUUAUCAGGUUCUGGUUGAUUGGACAAAACGUAAUGGGCGUGGUGCGACGUCACAUGUACUCAUCCAAUCACUGAAACAGAUAGGCAAUCAAGCUGCCGCAGAUUGGCUAGAGGCAGAGAUCGAGUCCUCUCUUUCUAUUGCUCCACAGGAAGAUAUUGACUACAUAUGCAGACGAGGAAAUGUACCUUCUUUACCCGACUGCCUUACUGAUAGAUCUGCUGAAAUCGCUGAUGUCAACAAGAAGCUCCGCAAGCUGUCCACAUCGAAAUCGCUGUCGUCAUCCACAUCGACAUCGCUGUCGUCAUCCACAUCAGCCACCCGAUGGCUAUUUGUCCAUGGACUUGGAGGGAUGGGUAAAUCAGUCCUCAUCAACCAGGCAAUCAGAGAUGAACAGCUCGUCAAAGAAUGCUUCCCCGAUGGUGUUUUCUGGUUACCAAUCGGAGCCGCAGUUCGUGGUACAGCAUGUAUUACAGAGAGACUAGAGACCCUUUGCCGGACUUUAGAUGUCAAACUCCUCAUGGCACCAUCUCUUCCUAAAACAAAGGAUCAAUGGAAGAACCUGCUAAGCUCACUCAUCGCACAGUCAUAUCCGAGGUGCCUUCUGGUUCUCGACGACGUGUGGGAUCAAGGUGUAAUCAGUGCGUUUGGAGUUUGUUCAACGGUUAUUGUCACAACUCGAGACAAGGGUCUUCACUCAUGUGCUUUAGGUCGCAAGGAAGAAAUCGUUCUUUUCGAAGGUUUCUCCAAAUCACAAUCAGCGCAGGCUCUGUCGGAAUGGACGAGAAUUCCGCCUAGUGAUCUUCCCCCACAAGCAGCUCGCAUCCACGAGCUCAGCCAUGGAUCCCCACUAGUCGUUUCAAUCAUCGGCAGUCUUCUCCGAGAGCAUGGACAUCGAUGGGAAUACUACGUGACGCAGCUUGAAGAGAGAAAUCUGAAGAAGUUGUCCACGGCUCGAGAUGCGAUCCACUUGAGUGUCGAGGAGCUGCCCUCUCGCGAAGAAGUCAUGAGGCUUUUUUCUUGGCUUGCCGUUUUUGACCAAGGAACGAGGUUAUCAUCUAAGAUACUUAGCAUGCUGGAGGGAUGUUCAACUGAAGAAAUCGAAGACCGCAUGAAGAUACUAACACAACGUCAUCUUGCCAUUUCUGGUUGUGACCCAGAUGACAAAGAUCAAAUAUUCUGGGUUCAUGAUCUGGUGUAUGAUUAUCUAAUGUCAGAGAAAGUAGCAAAUGAUAAGGACACCGUAGCGUGUAAUGAAUUCAGAUCAUUGAUGGUUUUCAAUCGGUUCCGGACCUGUAGGAGAGAUAUGAUCCAGACCAGUCUAUGUUUACCCCACGCCUCCGAGAUACACAGGAGAGCAAAGAUGGCAAGUGGAGCCAGAGCGUCGAAAAAUGGAUUUUAUGUAGCAGAAGUAAUUGACAAACGUCCUUUGUUAUCAAGUGUGACACACAGUCCUGCUGGUAAAUAUGCCACGUGUGCAAAACUACUACCCAAUGGCAAAGAAAUACUUACUGCUGGUUAUGGCGGACAAGUUCAGAUUGUUGAUAUGAUUGAGGGAAAGACAAGGGUGUUAAUUCAAGGGCAUGCCGACAACGUGUCGGAUAUGAGCAUUAGUUCGGACGGUUCUCUCCUGGCGAUCUGUUCUCCUACCAAAGGUGUUUGCAUCUGGGACUUAAGCCGUACAGACUGUUUUCUACCACAUAUUAAGAGCAUCACUUGCGACGAAUCGGAUCUAAUAAGGUGCAGCUUUGUCAAAUGCGAUGGCAAAUCUUUGUUAGUGACUGGAGAUUCAUCAGGCUUUCUAAAGGUGUGGGAUUCUUCGUUCAACUUACAGUACUCGAUCCAAGCUAAGAGUCCAGAUGAGGACCUGCUCCUUGAUUUAGCGAUCUUAGCGUGCAGUCCGUGUGGCAAGAAAGGAUUAGUAGCAGCAUGCACCAAGUCUAACAAUACUGUCAGGGUAUUUAAACUUCAAACCGGAAGUCAAAAAGUGGCGCUAGUCCACGAGGCCAGUGUACGCGACUGUUCGUUUCUUAGCAAUGGUCUUAUCGUCACCCUUACCUGGUGCGUGCUUGGUGUCUAUAACACGAGAGGGGGACAGCUGUCUCGUUGGACCGAUAUAAAUGGUGGGGACAAUGUGAAUUUCUGCAAACUUUCUUGUUCUCAGGGUAAAGACGGCCACUUCAUCGCUGUGCAAGGAUUUACAGGGUUUAUAACAGUACUUCAUCUAGGGAAUCUUUUUCCAGUUACUAAACGGAUAACAGAAUACUAUCGAUUGAAUGUGGGAGGGAUUUAUCGUGACAUCGUCAAUAUGUGGAUGGAGUGUAUCAAUGAUGGUAAUGGCGCGUGUGGCAACUACCUAGUGACCAAUCAGAGUUGCGGACUCAUUUUGGUGUGGAAGAUAGAACAGGAUUCCAGGCCUCAGAUUGAUGGAAGUACCUUUGGAGUUUCCUUUAAAACUGAUGGUAGUAUUCGUGCUCUAAUCGGGAAGAAACCAGGGAAUCCCCGAAAGUGUAUGAUGCUGCAAUGCUGCGGACGAAAUACCAUUGCUAAGAAAUCAAAAGCAAUAUACAAGACUAGGAAGUUUGAAACAAUCGAAAAGAUCGAGAUGGGCCACGAUAAUCUACAUGGUAUCAUAUCGUAUACCAGUAAUCGCGUCAAGGUAUCGCCAUUACCACGCUGCCUCAACAGGCAAUCCAAAAGAAAAGAAGGGUCAGUGAUAACAAAAGAGUUCAAUAUCAUCCCAUCUCAAGACAGGGUUGUUAUGGCUAAAUUCCUCGAUUCUCACCAUAUCAUCACGGUCUCCAGUGGGACUCAAAUUGUUAUUGAAUGCUGGUCGAGAAGUGGAACUUUAACUGGAAGCCGUCAUAUUGAUUUCCAACAAGCAUUAUCAGCUGACUUAUCACAUGACCAUAGAAAGCUUGCUGUAGGGUGCACCAAUAGCACUGUGAUAGUCUUGAAACUAAAUGGUUCCAAAAUCGAUGACUGUGAUAUAUCGAUGCUCUUUUUGGAUGGCUCCAUGAUAACUGGAUGCGUCUUUUCACCGAAUGAUGAGCUUCUAGCAGUUUCAGGGAACAGACACGUUGCGGUAUUUGAUAUAGAAUGCCGAACCCAGAUAGCCAAGGGUAGUCAUAAGACAACGGUUUCAAGUGUCAGGUUCACACCAGAUAGUGACAUGUUGUUUCUCGUUGUCGGUGGGUCAAUAAUGUUGUUCGAGUCUAGAACCUUGUGCAGGCGAGGUAUACAUACGACCUAUGCGGAUGUAACUGACUAUCAUUUCUCGUCUGAUGGAACCAUGCUUGUCACUGCUGGAGCAGUUAAAUACUUUGACAAAGGUUACUUAGAAUGGUGGCGAAUCGACAAAUCAUCAGGGACCAUUUCGCAGCUUCAAAAGUUCAUGAUUAACAGUCGCAUCAGAAGAGUUGUGUGCAAUCAAUGUUUUACAUUGUUUGUCACUGUCGAUGAAGGCGACGAAAUAUACGUUCUUCAGAGAAUAGCGCCCUCGGGAAGCCAUGACGAUGAAAAUUAAUUUCAAGUUUUCGAAGCAUACGUGUCGGCCGCACAUGACAUCGCACUGCCACUGUAUCCGUGUAUACUGAAUACAUUGGAAAAAAAACAAGAAGGGAGUCUGAUUAUCUUAAUGUCACACAGGACAGUCACAUCCUUGAUCCUCAGGGGCGGAAAUCUCUCCCAAAAGGUAGGGGGGACAAGGGAGUGGAAAAUUUGACAAGCAAAAGAAAAAAAAGGUUAUCAUCCCAAAAGUAAGGUCAUCUCGUCUUAAAAUACAUGUUUUAUUUCGAUUUUGAAUGAUGUAUUUCUUACCAUCAUAAAAGACCACAAAUAGUAGGGGGGCAUUUGAUAUUGUGUCCCCCCUACUAUUUUGAGUAGGGGGGGGGGACACGUCCCCCCUGGGAUUUCCGCCCAUGUUGAUCCUUGAAGAUGCAACAAUGCUUUGUCAUUGUUAAAGACAUUUCACAAAAUGCAAAGUGAAUUGAAUUGUUACAGUACAUCUUCACAAGGUUACCAUAGGAAGUCAUCUAUUGCGUUCCUCCUACUAUCAGUUAUCUGGGACUACACAACUUUGAUGUAAGGCAAAUGCCGGCAUUGCUUCAUUUUUAUAAUGUGGGGAAAAUAAAUGGCGGAAAUGUUUC